CACGAGACCUGGCACAAAGACACAGAUCUCAGCAUUGUGUGGUGCAGAGUUGAGCUAAAGGGCAUCCAUUCAGCAGGACAUCAGGGUGUUUUCCCCCCAAGAUGGCGACCUCUAGUGCCUCUCUCUACUGCCCUCUCAUCCAGAGGAUGGUGAACAGCGGUGAGCCGUCCAACUCCACGGGCAAGAUCAGCGCCUUGGCCGUGAGCAUGGUGAGCCUGCAUGGCUUCAUCUCCUGUUUCGGCAUCCUGGAGAACCUGCUCAUCCUGGGAGUAGUGGGCUUCCAUGUCCGCCGCUCCGUCAUCAGCAUCUGGAUCCUCAACCUUGCAGCCUCCGACCUCCUGGCCACUGCCUCCCUGCCCUUCUUCACUCUCUUCAUGGCCCGUGGCCACACGUGGACCCUGGGCACAACCUUCUGUCGCCUCCACUCCUCCAUGUUCUUUCUCAACAUGUUUGUCAGUGGCUUCCUGCUGGCGGCCAUCUCUCUGGAUCGCUGCCUGGUGGUGCUCAGGCCUGUCUUGGCCCAGAACCACAGGAGCAUCAGGCUGGUCGGGAAGGUCUGUGCUCUUAUCUGGGCCUUGGCUCUGCUCUGCACCAUUCCCUUUUACGUGUUCCGUGACACUGUUCAAAAACAGAACGGGAAGGUUAUUUGUUACUACAAUUAUGCUCAACACCUCCCUUCUGGACACUUUGACCUGGCAUCUGUAUGUAGGUCGCGCCAGCAGACUAUGGGCUUCAUGAAGCUGUUUUUAGCCUUCCUAAUCCCCCUGGUGGUCAUCAUCACCAGCUACGCGGCUGUGACAGCCAGAUUGGCAAGUCGAGGCUGUCGGCGCUCUUUCCGUUUUGUGCGGCUCGUGGUCGCUGUGGUGAUGAGCUUUGUGCUCUGCUGGGCCCCAUACCACCUCUUCAGCACUAUGGAGGUGCUAGCCCAUGACGGGUCAUCCUUAGAGCGAUUUGUAGGCCGUGCCCUGCCUAUUGCAGCGAGCAUCACCUUCCUCAACAGUGUUCUCAACCCUGUCCUGUAUGUGUUCAGCUGCCCAGACCUGUGCAGUAAGAUUAGACAUUCUUUCGGAGCGGUGAUGGAGACCGUACUGGCUGAGGAUCUUCUGGAUUUCGGACGGCGCCGCAAUACUGCUCACUCCAUUAAUGGAUCGAGCGAAGUGGGGAUGAGGGGAAGGCCGUCCCUCCCCACCAUAAGCCUGAGAGCAGAGGACGCGGAAGAGCAAUGAAUAGGUCUUUCAAAUAUCACAAGAUAGCCAUUUAUCAAACUCUAUUGAGCUUGCCUGUCCCAUCACCUGAAAUCCCCACAGCAUAACUCACAUUUCCCCAAGAGGCUCAGAGGAUUUAUUAUUAUUUUGUACCGAAUAUUCACACCAAGUUUGUGCUUAGUAUGC